AUGCUUAAAACCCACCAAACUUUCGCCAAAUCAGCAUCAUUGUGGACUGUGUGUCUCGUGGUGUCCUUCUGGCUGUCAACAAGAUCUAAACCUGAUGUGAACAUUAUCGAAAAUUCAACUGGAAAAGGCAUUCUUAUUUCCCCGGAACUUGCCAUCUUACCGGACAAACUGUGCUUUAUCUGGGCUUCUACGCGUGAUAGAAAGUUACGAAAGUUUGCUCUUCCCGACAAACAUCGUUACGGACUGGAGUUUCACAUUUCUCGCAAAUGUUCUCACGUUGUGCUACUUAUUCUCCUUGCUGGCGACAUAGCAACCAACCCAGGUCCUACAACUGGUUCACGUGAAACAGACAAUUCAAAAACUAGUCCCGGGUUAAAAGUUCUGUAUUUAAAUGCCAGAAGUCUAAAAGCAUUUGUUCAUCCAAUUGGGGACAAAUCGGUAAAAGUUUGUAAAAUCUCGUUAUUGCAACAACUGACAUAUGGUGGUAAUUACGACGUUGUAUGUGUGUGUGAGACCUGGUUAAACAAUUUAAUCUUAAGCAGUGAGAUCUUGCCUAAUUAUGGAUCUAUCUUCCGAUGUGACAGAGCUGACAGAAUUGGUGGUGGUGUUCUUGUUGCUGUGAAGACUGGUAUACAAGUCACACGCAGACAUGAUCUAGAACCUGAUAAUACGGAACUUGUUGUUACUGAGUUAAUGAAAUCUAACAACAAACCAAUUAUACUUUACACGUUUUAUCGUCCCCCCGACUCUAAACCCGAUGUCCUUCAGCAGCUAAAUUAUUCUAUCCAAAACAACCCAGAAUCAAGUCGUAUUGUGUUGAUAGGCGAUUUUAAUCUACCAUCAGUUAAAUGGUCGUCUGAUCAGAAAACCCCCAUCAACAUCGGAGGACCUGCUGAGAAUGAAAUCUUUUGCGAUUUGGUAGACGACAACUUCCUUCUGCAAUACAUACUUGGCCCUACCCAUACUGCUGGGAUAAACUCGAUCUGUUGAUGUGUAACUCUCCUGAAAUCGUCGGCGACGUCUCCGUUCUCCAUCCCGAGACCUGUGGUUUCCCAACAGAUCACUACAUCGUGGAAUUUGACGUGAAGUUGAAGUUUAAACGAGCCAAGCCAAUAAAGCGCCGAGUAUUCGACUAUGGAAAAGGAUAUUUCGAUGAGCUACGUAACUUCCUGACACGAUAUCCCAUCAAUGUUACCCCAACUGAUAGCAUUAAUGAUGACUGGGAACAAUGGAAGGACACAUUCUUAACUGCUGUGAGAAGGUACAUUCCGAUGAGAACUGUCAAAGACAAAAAUAGUCCACCAUGGAUCGAUAAAGAA